UUGGACUGUAUAUGUCAACUGGGUUGUACUGAUUCUGUCUGCCUUUUAGCAUUGAUUCUGUCUGCCUUUUAGCAUUGAUUCCACACUUCCACUGGCUAUGGCUUCGUCGUCUUGUCUCGUCUCCUUCACCGCAAGCUUCCAGUCUAUUCCAUUCCCUUCACCCCUUGCAGAUACCUUCAUCAUGGACUGUCUCAAUAUCACACGCAACGAUCCAUCUGCAAUAUUUUCUACUUUCCCUGUGCAGGAUUUUACAGGAACGUGAUACCCCAGAGAGUCGGUGAUGAUCGAGGGUGAGGAGUCUCGUUCUCGAGGAUGACGCGGUGUAAUCGGUUCUGGGUUCUGCAGAUCCAAGGGUGUUUGGCAGUGCAGCUGUGCAGUUGCUUCCAUUUCUUUUUCAUUUACUUUCCUCACGCACGGAUUUGCGUACCGGGAAGACAAGUGUAGCUCAUGGAACACUAAACCUAGAGCCGCCUGAGCUGCAACUUAUCCUCUGAAAUGUGUUCCAUUCACCGACACUCCCAUCCUUUCGGAGUUCCUGCGAUUCUGCUCCAUUGUUGUUUGCAUAAUGGUUGCAGUCCAUCUUGAUUCUACCCUCUCAAGGUUUGUUCAUCGAAGCCCGGUUGUUCAAUUACCAUGACCAAGCCCUAACGCAAGACAUGGAUGGUCCGGCCACAGGGUGAGCACCCGGUAGUUAGGGGCAUUAGGUGACACACUGCGAACAUCUCGCAUCCCUCAACUUGGAACGAGAACCCGGUCAAAUGCUGUGGUGAACAUUGCCAAUCUGAGGGCGGACUGGCACUUGUCAGAACAGAAUGUGGUGUUUCCGUGGUAGUAAGUUCGAGGUCUCUCCAGCAAGUCGGGGCCCUGCGGAUGUCAGAAUCCCAUCGCUCGAACCGCACCACAAGGUUUUCCUGAGUCACAGUGGCUAUCAGAAGCCGUUUGUUGAGCAAUUAUGUGAAGAUCUAGUGGCGCAUACGUACAUCCCAUUUUUCGAUCAACGAAACGACAGCUUGCCCAAGGGCGAGAAAUUCGCUAAACUCAUAUUCGAUGCUGCACGACAAUGUCAUGUUGGAGUGGUGGUGCUUUCAGAGGAAUACCUGACUUCCAAGUGGCCCAUGCUAGAAUUGGUGGAAUUUUGCAAGGCUGCCGAUGAAAAGCGUAAAGCAGGGGAUCAGUUCGUGAGGGUGUUGCCUCUGUAUUACAAGCUAUCGAUCGGUCAAAUCAAAGACGAUUCGAAUAAAACGCGUUGGAGAAAGAAGUGGACAUCGUUUGCGAAGAAAGACAAAAGAAUCGAUCUGAGGGACUGGGAAAAUGCAUUGAAGCUGCUUCAGGAUGUGAAUGGUAUCAGUUUACCAGCAGAUGGGUCGGAGGUAUCCUACAGGAGAGACAUUGUCAAAAAAAUUUGGUACCUUUGCCCUCCACACGUGCCGUAUGAUCUUGACGAGAAGGAGGGCUGGGAGCGAAUAUGUAAGGUGUUAUCGGGCUUGUUUGUUGCUGACGAAGGUGUGGAGAAAUUGGGUAUUUACGGAAUGGGCGGCUUGGGAAAGACAACCAUCUGCAAAGGAAUGUGCAACUACUUUCAUGGACAUUUCUUUGGAAGGGUGUUUCACUUAGAACUAGUCAGUGGGCGUAAACAACUCGAUUUGCAGAAGCAGAUGUUGAAGACCCUGUUUCGACUUGGUGAUGACAUCCUCCAAACGGUGGCAUCCUCGGAUGAGGUGGUAACGUGCCUGAACAAACACGCGGGGACUCACCCAGUUCUCCUGAUAAUAGACAACGUGCAGGACGACCACGAUUCUCAAGAGGAAGCAAGAGGGUAUCUGAAAGCCAAGUUCUGUGAAGGCAGCAAAGUCGUAAUAACCUCUAGAAGCCGAGUGGCGUUGGAAAAGUUGCUUCCUGGACCUGAGUUCCGCAAGGCGAUGCCAGAACUAGAAAGGGAUGAGGCUGCAAGAAUAUUUCUGAGACGAGCAGUGAGGCAUGAGAAACGGCUGUUCUCACUCGAUCCCCGGGAAAACAAAGUCCUGGAUACCUGUCUUGAACAAUGCUCCUUUUCGAUGGAAGGUGAUUCUUGGCACCGGUCGAAGAAGAGGCAUGGGCGGCGUGGACAAUACCAUCCCUUGGCUUUAACUGCGUUAGCAUCAUAUUUGGAAAGGAAGGCCCAGGGAAACUCCAACUUGUCGCAGUGGGAGCCGCACCUUCGGGGUUUUGACAAACUCAAGCUGUCCAACGACUCCGAUCGCAUGUUCGGCAUUUUAGGCAUGCAGCUAAGAACUUUCACGAAGCCGAAGAAGCUGUUGUUCUUCGACGUGGCGAUCUAUUCACGUGGUGAGGUGGAGUUGGACCUGACCUCAGUGGAUGGAUGGUGUGAUUGGUUGGCCAUGGUGAACCCAGAUAUGGGUGAAGAGGAAUUGAAGAGCGAGUUAGAUGACCUGAAGGACGUGGGCAUCAUCGACUGGGGAUACUCGACAAUAGCUAUUCAUGAGCUUUACAAGGAAUACGCCGAAUGGUGUUUGAGUAGAUGGGGUAGAGAGGCAGAAAAUUUGCAUGAAGAGGUGUGGUGUGUGCGCCACAAACCGUCGUACGGCAAGUCAUUACCUCGAGCACUGGAGCGGAGAGCUCCAUCGGGAUGGUGGCCAGACUUGGAAAGGCUGUGGUUGGAAGGAAUGAAGACGGCUUGCCCAAUCUCUGCACUCGAAGUGCAGGAAUGGCGUAACGUUGUGGUGCUGCAACUUCACAAUUGCAGCUCCGUGAGAGAGCUUGACCUUCACAUGUUUUGCUGUGUUCGGCAUCUGGAACUGAUCGAUAUGGAGAACUUGGAAACUGUGCAGUUUCAUGCCACCAAGAAUGCAGGCGAUAAUCGCGACGGACAAAGUACUGGUAGUCAGGUCGUCGAAAGUACUGGUAGUUCAGAAUGCAAGGAUUUGAGUGAGCAGCCCAAUUAUCUGCAGAUUGUGAUGAUGAAAAGCCUUAGCAGUUUGAGGAGAGUAUCCAGCUUUAGAUCACCCAUUCCAUUGCAGAAGUUCGUUUUGAGAGAAUGUCCAAGCUUAGAGGAGUUUCCUUCGUUUCAGAUGUGCACAAUGCUGGAUACCCUGGAGUUGGAUUGGACGUCUAGGGUGGAAGACAAACCCAUAAACCUAAGCACGUUAAGUGCCUUACGGACUCUCAUCAUUAAGAAUUACCUUGGUUACUUUGGAACGGCACUUUAUUUCCACAUAGAGGGCCUUGGUUCUUUAACACAGCUUGAAAACAAUCUUAUAUUGGUUAAUGUUCCUGUGCGGAGCUUGGCAGGGCUUGACAUGCUAACAAAACUUCGUAACCUGUGCCUGGAUCAGUGCCAUUUCUUACAAGAGCUUGAGGGGUUGGAUUGUCUCUCUUGCCUGGAGUCGCUAGUUGUUUCUUACACCAAGGUGGAAAAACUUGCGGGAUUGGACAAGCUUUUGCAGCUCCACUCUCUCGAUUGUUCCUGGUGCCAGGAGCUGGUGUGGUUGCCAGAUCUGGACAACUUGCCGAAGCUAAAAUUGCUGUCCACUAGGGGAUGCAUGAAGCUAGAAAAGUACCCUCUGGUCCCGAGAUACCCAUUUGCUCAUUUGAGGGAUCCAACUUGCGCGAUAUGUGACAAACCCCAUUGCAGCUGCUAUGCCGAUCCUUUUGAGAGCCUCGACAACGAAGGUGAGGAAAUGAGGUUUAUGUUUAGUUUCGAGCCUUGAAUUCUAAUUUCUUGUUACAGCUUGUAAAAAUAAUAAUUAUUAUUAGUAUUAUAUUUUUUAUGUGAUCAUUUAUUCUAAAUGAAUACGUCGUAAUAAAUUAAGCUAUUUCAUAAUUUCUAAA